AUGGUUAUCCUGCUGGUCCCCACACUGAAGAUUGUCCUCCUCUUAGCUGCUGUGUGGAGUUUGUGUACAGCAGAGUUGAUCACAGUAGAAGGAUAUGAGGGGGGCAAGGCAGAGAUCAGAUGCCCCUAUAGAGAGGAGUGGAGGAGCCACCAGAAGUUCCUCUGUAAAGGAAGCAAAAUGGAGUGUAUAACAUUUUUGGUAGACAAUGAUAUUGAGACUGAGGAUGACGAAUGGACCUCUAAAUGGAGAUACUCUCUACAUGAUGACAAAGGGGUCAGGGUCUUCAUUGUGACCAUCACCAACAUGAUGUCAGAUGAUGCUGGAACAUACUGGUGUGGAGUGGAACGAUUUGGACUGGACCCUGAAGUGUAUGGAGAUUGGUGUUGUGAAAACCCCACUGAAGUGACAGGCUCUGAAGAAGUGACAGGCUCUGAAGAAGUGACAGGCUAUGAAGAACGGUCAGUCUCCAUCCAUUGUAUGUAUAAUGAAAAAAAUGAAGACAAUGAGAAAUACUUCUGCAAAGCGAAUACACUAUCUAAGUGUCUAGUUGAUGUAAAAGUGACAACAACCAAAAGCCAGAAUGGGAGGUUCUCACUGUUCGACAACAGGACAGCCGGAGCCUUCACCGUGACCAUCACCAGACUAACCCAAGAGGAUGCUGGGAGAUAUCUCUGUGGCAUACAGAACAACCACACAAUCGAUACCCUGUCAGCAGUCCAGCUAGAUAUCAAGAUUUCACCAACUCUAUCAUCACCACUUAUUGCCACCUCCAUCUCACCCUCAUCCAUGUCAUCACCAUCAUCUGUAUCAUCACCAUCAUCCAUCUUACCAUCAACACACAACAGUUCUGAUACAUCAGUGGUCCUCAUAGUAUCUGGGAUUCUGGUCAUGCUGCUAUUGGUGCUUGUGGUCAGCCUGCUCAUAGUCUAUAGAUGGAAAUUCAACAAGGAAACAGCUGACUACUCAGCACCCAGGGUGAACACAGCCCCUGGGAUCAACAGAGAGGUCAGUGAUUGCCAUGGAGAUGGUGACUAUGAGGAAAUAAAGGACCGCUCCCUACAGUCCAGCUCUGGUGGUGCAACCACCACCAUCUACGCCACCGCCAACUUACCCACAAGCCCCUCUGACUCUCCCAAUUACGCCAGUGUCAACUUUCACAAGAACCCCAGCUGCCCCAAUGAAGCCACUGUCGCCUUCUCUAAAGUGGCCACUUCUUCUGGUGACUAUGCUACUGUCAACAUUGGUCAAAGCCCUGAGGCUCCUCCCAUCUACUAUACAGUCAGCAAACCCAGAGACACCUGAGUCAGUGACAACCAAUCACGAGGGACAUACACACACUGGCGACAAAUCACAAGUGACAUGUUAUUAUAAUAGUUAUAACUAUAUGUUCCACCGACAGCCUCUGUUUUUAAGAAACAGCUGCAUUAUCAGGGCCUGAGUUCCCUAUAGCGAUUAAACUUAGGCUUACAGCCGAAGAUGUAACUUGCGUUCUCUAAAACACCACGCAGCGAUCGUUCGCUAAGUGAUUAAUUGGACCGUAUGUUGAUGCUGAUAUGAUCGGGGGGAAAAGCAGAGAUAUACUGAACAAAGAUAUAAAUGCAACAUGCAACAGUUUCAACAAUGUUACUGAGUUUUAUUUAUUUAUUUAUUUUAUUUCACCUUUA